CGACAUCUUUGAAAAGGAAGAAAAAGAAACUCGACGUUUACCCCCAGUAAAUGCUUCUGUGAAGCACAGCGUGUGACACACAUACACACAUUGUAUAAAUGCGUUCAUAGUGUGAGUGCAUUCAUUCAUUUUGAUUUGCAAUAGUGUUGAAAUAUCGUAUGCCGAGUUUUGGUUGAGUCGAUAUUUGCUGUGUUUGGAUUUGGGAAGUCGCAGAAACUAAAUAAGUAACCUGGGCAAGUUCGUAGAAGAGGUUAGGGAAGGAAUAGUUAAUAGAGUUUUAUUGUAUGGUUCGAUCCGUGGUCCGUGAUUAGUGUCAUUAAAUCGGGUACAAUGGAAUAAAUUCGUGGCAAGUUAAAUGGACGAAUAUAAACAUGGCGAAUUUAACAAACAUGUCGCCACAGCAAUUUUCGCUGCGGUGGAAUAAUUACACUAACUACAUAGCCGGCGCGUUUGAUGCUCUCCGUUACGAGGAGGACUUUGUGGACGUAACGCUCUGCUGCGAGGGUCGCAAAAUCCGCGCACACAAGAUUUUACUGUCUGCCUGCAGCCCGUACUUCAAAGAAGUAUUCAAGGAGAAUCCAUGCCAGCAUCCGGUGAUCAUCUUUAAGAAUGUGCGCCACAGCGACCUGAUGUCGAUCGUAGAGUUUAUGUACCAGGGCGAGGUGAGCGUCGCCCAGGAUCAGUUGCCAUCGUUUUUGCACACGGCUGAAUUGUUAUCGAUCCGAGGGUUGACCGAUAGCUCGAACGAACCACGGCAACAACAGCAACAGACGGGUUCGUCUGCCUCCAUCGCGCAACAGCUACUACAAACGCAAGGUCAGACGGCACUACUGGAAAAGCCCACCACGAUCACGACCGCGGAUUCGCUGUUUCUCACUCUGCCAUCUAACUCAACUAUCGUCCAUCAACCGAAGUUACUGCAGGCGCAAAUACAAACGCCGAUCAUCAGUAAGACUAUAAUCAAAGCCGCAACAACCGAGAUGCCGGCCCUGACGACGCCUAGUGGCACUAUUACCGUACCUAUUGCACAGUCGCCACAGCAACAACAGUCGGCGAUUGCCAAGAUCCAAGUACAAACGUCGCAACAACAGCAAGCCGCUCAACAGUCCCAACAGGUGCAAGUACAGAUGCAGCAAGUCCCACAAGUAGUCCAGCAAGUUCAACAAGUACAGCAAGUACAGCAUGUUCAGCAAGUUCAGCAAGUGCAACAAGUUACGCAGCAAUCCCAGCAACAGCAAUCGCACCUUCAGCAACAAAUUCAGCAACCAGUCCAAACGCAAGCCACAACGUUACAGGAAGUAGUCGACAGUGUAGUCCAACCCAAAAAGAAAAAAAUAAAGAUACAGCAGAUUAUUACUUCGCAAUCGGCAGCCAGCACUGUACCAGCAAUGACAGUCGCUGUAACUGCCACAGCUUCUGGCCAGUCGGGCGACAGUGACAUGUUUGAACCGGAAGCCUACACCAUCGCGACUACCAAGGUUGAUGCGUCACGUACACAGCAAGAACAACAAGAGCAAACUGGUAUUGAAACUUACACAGAAUCAGCCCAAUCUUCAGGUGCAGCACUUAAAAUCGAAAUGCCAGAAUUUAUCAGCGUUGGCGAGGCAAUGACCACUGGAAGCGCGAACAAUAACUCGUUUAUGCAAGAGAGCUACGAAUUAGUUGGUGAAAAUAUAGAGGAUAAAGAUGUAGAUGACGAUGAAAUGGCACAGGACAACAUAGAAAUCGAAGGUUCAGAUAUAGAUAUGAGUCGCAUCUUCCAGGGGUCAUCAGACGAGCAGAAAUCGAACAUAUUGCAAGUCAGCCUGGAAAAGAUUGAAAUAACCACUGAGGACAAGCUCUACAAAUGCCCUGAGUGUCGGCGAUCCUUCUGUUCCACCAACGCUAUGAAACGCCAUCGGCAGGCAAAGCACACGAACUCGCAAGUUUCCUUUAUGUGCGCCCUAUGCGAUGCUCGCUUCAAAACUAAAUGGUCGCUAUCAACGCAUAAAUCGAAAUAUCAUCGCGGUCAAAGCACCUCAUUCACUAUACGUUCUACCGACGGGGCGUCGUCUGCUGCUACAAUCGAAGUAGUCACUGGUGAGAGCGCGACCGGCAGUUCCGCGCCAUCCGGUGCUAGUGGUCCUACUAGCGCGAAGAUAUUGAAGACUGAUCAUACCGGCACUAGUAGCCAGGAAGCCCAGAAACGUGCAUCUUCUGGAGGAAUGGUGACACGCAUUAAGUCACAAAUAAUCACACCCGAAGACCCUUAGAGUAUCUAUUAUUUUUAGGGUUUAUUUUAUUUUAUAUAUUAUAAUCCUCUUUUAUCAUAUUACGGAUGCGGCUCUACUCACGCCCUUCGACAUAUGUCCUUCAGAGUUGGACUUUUACAUUAUUUAAAUGCCUUACACGGGUAAAAGACUGUGGCGAUUGCUUUCAAACACUAAAAACCCAAAAUAAAUCUGAAAACUAGAAAUAAUCAUAUUUUAAGUAUACCAAGUUGAGUGCUAGGAACAGAAUAAUAAUUGGCCCUUUAAGUAAACAGCAUAUUAUAUUAUACUAUAUUGAUGUUCUAAAAAUAUUGUACAAAUCAAUUAUCUGCUUUUCGAAAGCCUACGCAAUCUUCAUCAACCUGCUAGAUACAUCAUUAGUGCAGCCCAUGUUAACAAACUAGAACAAUUAUAAUUGACACAUUUUAACAUAAUCUAUUUUGUAGAGAUAAGAAAACAACAAGUACUACGCUGCGCACGUCUUUGCUAUAGUCUCAUUAAUGUGGCAAUAGAUUUGUUUCGGUUAAUUUCGAAUUACUUAAACUUAUACUAAGAUAAAUUUCAAGGAAUAUGUGUAAACUACAAAACAUCUUCCGUUGAAAUUAUUACAACUGCGCUGUAAUUUACAUUACACUUACACGACAAAAUUGUAAAUAUCAUUUUUUUAAAUAAAUAAAGAAAACUAUCGC